GUCGGACCCGCCUUGAGGGCAAUGGCCCGUGCCCGGCAUCCUUGUCAGCCGCAACAAUUUUCUUCGGCGUUCUGAGAUCAUCGAGAUGGACUGUCGACAGUACCGAUAACGAGCUCCUCCCCACCUCGUCAACCACGAUUGCCGGCGCGCCCCGUCCAUCUGCGAGAGAUAUAUUGGCCAUAGACCACCUACUUUGACAAUUCGCCCGAUAUUUGCUCAUAAUCUAUCGACGCGCUGGGCGCGAACCGGGCCGUGAUUUAUCCAGAAUCUCCAUAACCACAUACCCAGAUGGAUCACACGCGGGACCCCUGCCCUUGGGUCAUCCUCAACGACUUCGGUGGUGCCUUUUGCAUGGGUGCGGUCGGCGGAACGAUCUGGCACGGCGUCAAGGGUUUCAGAAACAGCCCGUAUGGCGAGCGGCGGCUAGGCGCGAUCACAGCGAUCAAGAUGCGCGCGCCAGUACUGGGAGGCAACUUCGGCGUGUGGGGCGGCAUGUUCAGCACAUUCGACUGCGCGGUCAAGGGCAUAAGGAAAAAGGAAGAUGCGUACAAUGCGAUUAUUGCUGGAUUCUUCACAGGCGGCGCGCUGGCGAUCCGAGGCGGGUACAAAGCGGCGAGAAACGGCGCCAUCAGCUGCGCUAUCCUGCUCGCUGUUAUCGAGGGUGUCGGCAUCGGGUUCCAGAAGAUGUUCGCAGGGGCAACAAAGCUGGAGGCCCCGCAACCACCGCCGUCAAACGAGAUGAAACUCGCAUAGAAGCGCUUACGAUCUCGGAACUCGGUGACGGUCCCUCGACAAACCCAACUCCUCUCCUCCGGCCCUUCGCGGGACUGGAUGUGUAUUUCUGUAUGCAUUCAUGACGGUCAGCAUUAUGGUGGCGGCGUUCCCUGGGCUGUAACAUAGAAUCGGCUGUGUGUUUGCCAUUGGGCUAAUGGGAGCCCAACCCAGCGGAAACAUCUGCUCAAAUAAUAUCUAUCUUGAACACA